GCAGUGGGGAGGCUUUGGAAAAGCUGGCAUUUGCGGGGAGCUGCCCGGGAAGAGCUUAUUCCAUGUCGGAGCAGCAUCGGCACCCCCGCCCCGUGCCGCCCGCUCCCCCGGCACCCCGGUCAGCACAGGAGAGCAGAGGCACGGCCCAGCGCCUGCGGUGCGGGAGAGGAAAAGGUGACCAGGAUGCUGUGGCAUGGGAAGCCCUGGAGGUCCAUGUGCAAGGGGCUGGUCCUGGGGACCCUCCUGACCAGCUUCAUGUUGCUGCUCUACUCCUACGCUGUCCCUCCGCUUCAAGUCAGCGUCACUGAGAUCCCCGUGCCCUUCUCCUGCUCCUCCCACCUGUCCCAGGCUCCGUCCCUGUCCAACAGCUCGGGCAGCGCCUCGGGGUGGAGCUGCCGGCCCAAGCUCAAUGUCAUGUUCAUGAAGACCCACAAGACCGCCAGCAGCACCAUCCUCAACAUCCUCUUCCGUUUCGGGGAGAAACACCGCCUGAAAUUCGCCUUCCCCAAUGGCCGUAACGACUUCUACUACCCGUCCUUCUUCGAGCGCAGCCAGGUGCAGCACUACCGGCCCGGGGUGUGCUUCAACAUCAUCUGCAACCACAUGCGCUUCCACUACGAGGAGGUGCGCAAGCUCCUGCCGCCCGACGCCACCUUCGUGACUGUGCUGCGGGACCCCGCGUACCUCUUCGAGUCCUCCUUCCACUACUUCGGGCCCGUCAUCCCCCUCACCUGGAAGAUCACAGGGGAGGACAAGCUGGACGAGUUCCUCCGGGACCCCCAGCACUACUACGACCCCAACGGGUUCAACGCUCACUACCUCCAAAACCUCCUGUUCUUCGACUUCGGCUACGACAGCAGCAUGGACGCCAACAGCCCGCUGGUGGAGGAGCACAUCCGGGAGAUCGACCGCCGCUUCCACCUCGUCAUGUUGCUCGAGUACUUUGAUGAGUCGCUGGUGCUGCUCAAGGACCUGCUGUGUUGGCAGCUGGAGGACGUCCUCUACUUCAAGCUCAACGCCCGCAAGGGCUCCACUGUGUCCCGGCUGACCCCUGAGCUGUACGAGCAGGCAACCGCCUGGAACCUGAUCGACGCCAAGCUCUACCGCUACUUCAAUGCCACCUUUUGGCGCAAGGUGGAGGCCUACGGGAGGGAGAGGAUGGCCAGGGACGUGGCCGAGCUGCAGAGGGAGAACAAGAAGAUGACCAGCAUCUGCAUCGAUGGGGGACACGCCGUGGAUGCCAGCGCCAUCCAGGAGUCCUCCAUGCAGCCCUGGCAGCCCCUGGGGGAGAAGACCAUCCUGGGGUACAACUUGAAGAAGAAGAUCAGCAAGAAGCACCAGAAGCUGUGCCGCAUUGACGCCUGAAAUCCAGUACCUGACUGACCUGGGGGCCAACCUCUGGAUCACCAAGCUAUGGAGCCACGUGCGGGACUUCCUCAAGUGGUAGGGGC